CAUUGACUCACACAGAAUUAAUUGGCCCAUGCCGUCACUCACCUCUUUUACUUUUUUUUCUCAGAAGUACCAAACAACAAUCUUUCCAGCUCUUCAUCCGGUCAAUUGCUUCGACGCAAACUUCCUCUGUUCCGCAAAACCUCAAUUGAUUCCCCCCCAAACCCCCUACAUCAUCAUUGACAAAAUGGCCGGCGAGAAGGGAAAGGUCUGCUUGGCCUACUCAGGUGGUCUUGAUACCAGCACUAUUCUGGCCUGGCUCUUGGAGCAGGGAUACUCCGUUGUCUGCUACCUUGCCAAUGUUGGACAGGAAGAGGACUGGGCCGCUGUUGAGCAGAAGGCUCUUCAGAUCGGUGCCGAGAAGAUGAUCAUUGAUGACCUCAAGCGCGAGUUCGUCGAGGAGAUCUGCUGGAAGGCUGUUCAGUGCAACGCCAUCUACGAGGACCAGUACCUUCUCGGUACCAGUCUGGCCCGCCCCAUCAUUGCCCGGGGUCAGAUGAAGGCUGCCGCCGCCACUGGCUGCCAAUUCGUUUCCCACGGCUGCACCGGAAAGGGUAACGACCAAGUUCGUUUCGAGCUUGCUUUCUACACAAUCAACCCUGAGAUCAAGGUCAUUGCCCCGUGGCGUGACCCUACCUUCUUCAACCGCUUCCAGGGACGCAACGAUCUCCUUGACUACGCGGCCGAGAAGGGCAUCCCUGUCACCAGCACCAAGGCUAAGCCCUACUCUAUGGAUGACAACUUUGCCCACUGCUCGUACGAGGCUGGCAUGCUCGAGGACCCCGAUGUCACCCCUCCUGAGGACAUGUGGACCAAGACUGUCUCCCCCCUGAAGGCUCCCGAUACCCCCCUCGAUAUCACCAUUCACUUUGACAAGGGUAUUCCCGUCAAGGUCGUCACUCCUGAGCAAACUGCCACCGACGAUGUUGAGCUCUUCGCCCUGCUCAACGCCAUUGGCAAGGAGCACGCCGUUGGCCGUAUUGACAUUGUCGAGAACCGCAUGAUCGGCCUGAAGAGCCGUGGCUGCUACGACUCCCCCGCCAUGACUAUCCUUCGUCUGGCUCACAUUUCCCUCGAGGGUCUCGUCCUGGACGGUAAGGUUCGCGCCUACCGCGACUUGCUGUCCAAGCAAUGGUCGGAGUGCCUGUACAACGGCUCUUACUUCAGCCCUGAGCGCGAGUUCUUGCAGCCGUCUCUGGACCACUCCCAGCAGCGUGUCAACGGCGAGGUCCGCCUCCGCCUGUACAAGGGCAACGCUUACUGCCUUGGUCGCAAGUCCGACGAGAAGCUCUACUCCGAGGAGGAUGCUUCCAUGGACUCUCUCACCACCUUCGACCCCUCCGAGACCUCUGGCUUCAUCACUAUCAACGCCAUCCGCCUCAAGAAGUUCGGUCUCCAGAAGGCCGAGGCCGGUCUCAAGUUCUAAGGAGAAGACGCUUGGAUUCGGAAAAUGCACCUCAAUCGUUCCUAUGCUUAGGCCGACAGAUCGCUGU